CUCUCCUCGCUCCGUCGAACGUGACUAUCUGAUCGGCCCUCUGGUACGGCCGGCGACGGUUUUGUUUUUCGUCGCUGUAAUCGUUUCUUCAAUAGGUAAUCGUUCAAUCGUUGAUCCUUUCUUGUUCCUCUCACUCGCAUACAUUUUUUUAAUUUCUCCUCCCACUCCAACCAUAUGUGUCGAGUAAUUACGAUGCCUGGUUUGUGUCAGAAUUUGGAACUUCCACUGGUUAGGGCUGCGUAGUUUGUCAAAAUUGUUUUUGCGUGUCACGCUGAAUCGCUCGCAUGGUAUCUGUAGGAACUGAGUCUCAGUUCAUCCAAAGCAUUUGUGCUAUUGUGGUAAAGGGUCACUGGGAAUGUCUGUUGAAACCCAAAUUUGGUUCCUUUCUCUCGUCGAGAAACAUUCAACAGCUAUUACUGCAACUUUCAUUAUAUAAUUGCGGUCCUUCUAUUUCUUGGUCGUUCUUUAAAUGGUCUGAAUCUUCAAUACCCAAUUACAAGCACUCUUUGCAAUCCACAUGGACCAUGGUUCACAUUCUCACAGACUACAAGCACUUCAAAACUGCACAGGAUUUGCUUGAAAAGAUUGCCUAUAAGGAUUUUUUGUCGUCGCCAUCAGUUUUGCGUGCUUUACUGAGGACCCAUUUUGACCCAGAUGUGAAUUCUCAGGUUUUGAGUUGGCUUGUGAUAUUUUACGCCAAUUCCAAGAUGACCCAGGAGGCCAUUCAAGUGUUUGAGCACAUGAGAGGUCAUGGAUUUAGUCUGCAUUUGCAUGCAUGUACUGUAUUGUUGAAUUCUUUGGUGAAAGAGAGGCUAACUGAUACAGUGUGGAAAAUUCAUAAGCAGAUGGUUAGAGCUGGGAUUGUUGCCAAUAUUCAUGUAUAUAAUGUGUUGAUUCAUGCUUGUUGCAAGUCUGGUGAUGUGGAGAAGGCAGAAAAGUUGCUGAGUGAGAUGGAGUUGAAUGGUGUUUUUCCUGAUCUUUUUACCUACAAUACACUGAUUUCAUUGUAUUGUAAAAAGGGUAUGCAUUAUGAAGCUUUGUGUGUUCAGGAUAGGAUGGAAAGGGGAGGAAUCAGUCCUGAUAUUGUUACUUAUAAUGCACUUAUUUAUGGGUUUUGUAAAGAAGGUAGAAUGAGAGAGGCUGUAAGGCUUCUUAAGGAAAUUAAAGGCGCUGAACCAAAUCAUGUGACUUACACUACUGUGAUUGAUGGCUAUUGUAGAGCGAAUGAUCUAGAUGAGGCUUUAAGAUUGCGUGAGUUGAUGGAGGCCAAGGGAUUGUCUCCAGGGGUUGUUACAUACAACACAAUCCUUCGCAAGUUGUGUGCAGAAAGCAGGAUAAAGGAUGCAAAUAAACUUUUGAAUGAGAUGAGUGGAAAGAACAUUGAACCAGAUAACAUUACAUGUAACACAUUAAUUAAUGCUUAUUGCAAGAUUGGAGAUAUGCGAUCUGCACUUAAAGUGAAGAACAAGAUGUUGCAGGCUGGAUUGAAGUUUGACCAAUUUACUUACAAGGCACUAAUUCAUGGGUUCUGCAAGGUGCGGGAGAUGGAGAGUGCCAAAGAGAUCUUGUAUGACAUGCUCAGUGCAGGACUUUCUCCUAGUUAUUGCACCUAUUCAUGGAUUGUCGAUGGCUACUGCAAUCAAGACAAUAAAGAGGCCAUUGUUGGAAUCCCUAAUGACUUUGUGACCAGAGGACUUUGCAUCGAUCUCUCAGUGUACAGGGCACUAAUAAGGAGGUUAUGUAAAAGGGAGAAGACUGAUUGUGCACAAAGAAUAUUCAGUAUCAUGCAGGAGAAAGGUUUAUCAGGAGAUAGUAUUAUAUACACUAGUCUGGCACUUGCUUACUGGAAGGCAGGGAAUGCAAAUGCUGCUUCAGAUAUGUUUGAUGAAAUGUACAAGAGAAGGUUGAUGAUUAAUCUCAAAAUUUAUAGUUCUUUUAAUGCCUCUUAUGCUGGAGACAAUGUACUAGAUAUCUUCUGGAAUCAUGCCACUGAAAGACGAAUCAUGUCAAAAAGUUUAUUAAAGGAAGUGCACAGAUGAUUUCAUGCUCAUAUGGAACCUUGGAAUUGAUAAAGUCUUGCUGGCUUGAAGUCCUCUAUUGCUUGGAAGUACAAAUUCGAAAAUUUCCCCCCUUUCAUGGCAUGCAUGGACUAAAACAGCCUAUCUCUGGAUCUAGCUGCCUCAACUUUAAUCACCUCAUCCAGGAAGCAGAUUUUGUGCUGCUCAUCUGUCAUUAUAGAAACUGGGCUGAAGAAAGAAUAAAUCAAUUCCGUAAUUGAUGAGACGAAGCUGGAUGCCUCUAAUGUCGGGAAAACUGAGAGGAGCCAGAUAUUGCAGCCUAUCAUCGUUGUAAGUGGCUUUAUCUUGUUUAGGCCAGGGACCAUCUGGAUCCCUCUGUUUGUCUUUCAGUGGUAUUGGAGGCAAACAACUGAUGUCAAAGACUCUACUCUGAAUUUGUCUCAUACUAAAGUUUUUCAUAGGCCAAAAAACUGGGGGAAUAAACAGCUUAAAACUCUAUUCAUUGCAAGAGAAAAUCAAAUCCAUCUUUUGGCUACUGUUGAUUCUGCACUUCUCCUUAUCCUGAUUCAUGUUAUGGUGCAUCUAGCUCUCAGGAAUGGGUGAUCUAAUGAACUAAAAUGGUGAGGAGAAUAGUGUCUAAAUAACAGUAAAUGUUAUUUGUGAUCUUUUUUGCUCACAAUAUCUAUAAGUUGUGCAAGUAUUUCUUUGUCUUGUUUGAGGAAAAGAUUGUCAAAGAGUUCCCAUUGAUUAUUGGCACAUGCCCUUGUAGUCAAACGGAACUUGCUAACAAUUUUCCAUUACUGGGUCCCCUGUAAAGUUAUUAUUCAUAGAGACUAGAAUAGCAAUUUUCUAUGGGCAUGAGUCAUGACUAUUGACUAUGAGAUAACUCAUCCUCUCA